UGCGCUCCCGCUGGACCAGCGAGCAGGUGCGGCGUCAACAUGCAGAACGACGCCGGCGAGUUCGUGGACCUCUACGUGCCGCGGAAAUGCUCCGCGAGCAACCGCAUCGUUGGUGCCAAGGACCACGCGUCCAUCCAGUUGAAUGUGGCCGAGGUCGACAAGGUCACUGGCCGGUUUAAUGGCCAGUAUAAAACCUAUGCUAUCUGCGGGGCCAUUCGCAGGAUGGGCGAGUCAGAUGAUUCUAUUCUCCGGUUGGCUAAAGCUGAUGGAAUUGUCUCAAAGAACUUUUGAUCAGAAGAGGUCGGGAAUAUUUGUAAUAAAUAAAAGUGAGAAAGUAAAAAAAAAAAAAAA